AUGGAUUCGAACUUCCAGUUCACGGGGGUAGAGGAUGAUUCAGAUUGGCUUAGUGAAGAAGAGUAUUUUCGUGUGUCUUGUUCGAGUGGGGAUGACGAGAACGACUCGUUCGGGAAUGGGUCUGAGACUGUUGAAAUGGGUGAUGAUGCCCACGAGAACGGCGUCGGCUCAGACCCAGAGACUUGUCAGGGUGAUGCUCCCAGUUUUAGGUCCACAGAGAAUUUUGUCGACAAAGUAUUUAGUACCGAGGAAGAGGCUUAUGCGGCAUACAAACAAUUUGCCCGACUACGGGGGUUCGGUGUAAGGAAGGGUGACGCGGCUCAAAUAAACGGUGUCUUGGUUUGGAAAGUCCAGAGGAUAGACAACAAUCACAACCACCCUCUGGCUACAACCAUGUUUAGUCAUCUUCUUCCUAGUCAUCAGAAUUUGAGUGAGUCUGAUAAGGCUAAAGUUGAUAGUCUAAAAAAGUUUGGGAUUGCCACAUCGAAGAUUAUGACUUACAUGGCCAGGCAGUCAGGGGGCUAUGGGAUGCUUCGGUUUACGAAGAGGGAUCUGUAUAAUUAUGUUGACAGCCAAAGAAUAGCACAAAUUAAUGACAGAGAUGCAGCAGCAACGAUAAGUUAUUUGGAAGGCAAGGCCAAUGCUGACAUGAUGACGGUCGCCAGAUAUACCAAAACAGUAGAGGACCGGCUUGGUAGCCUAUUCUGGGUGGACAGGCAGAUGAUGGAGGAUUAUCAGUUGUUCGGUGACGUGGUUGCAUUUGAUGCAACAUACCGGUCCAAUAAGUACAAGAAGCCUCUAGUUGUGUUCUCUGGAUCAAAUCACCACAAGCAGAUGGCGAUUUUUGGUUUUGCAUUGCUGGAGGACGAGGAUGUCCGUACAUAUAGGUGGGUGUUGUUGAAUAUUCUUGAUGUCAUGGAUAACAAGAAGCCUUCCAUUGUGGUCACUGACGGGGAUAAAGCCAUGCGGGCAGCAAUUACGAAUGUGCUUCCUUUAGCCAGGAAGGUGUUCAAGAAGGCAGUUUACGCAAACUUCGAUAUUGCGGAGUUUGAGGAGUAUUGGAGGACGGCCGUGGAGAAUCUAGGAUUAAUGAACAACAGCUGGGUCAAAAGCACCUAUGAACUAAGACAUAGUUGGGCAACGGCAUAUCUACGGGGUACUUUUUGCGCCAGCUACAGGACAACUUAUAGGUGUGAGGGCAUAAAUGCAUUCGUCAAAGGGUUCCUUAAGUCGACAAAUAGCCUUCUGGAAUUGGUUCACAGCUUGGAUAGGGUGGUGAAAGAUUACUGCAACAAUGAGGUCACAGCGCAAUGUUAUUCGUCGUACUACACGCCCGUUCUGACGACAGGUCUUGAUAACAGAGCUGUUUCCUUCGAAUAUAUACACCAGGGAAGUCUUCAAGGAGGUUAG